AUGAAGCUGUCCACUCCGGUAUCAUCAUGCAAAGAGAUUGAAUGCGAGUCCAACGAAAUAGUAACACCAAGUGUCCCACGCUACAUCAAAUGGAUUUACCGAUUGGACUCAUUCGGGAUCGAGACGAGAGGAAUUGAGAGGGUCUCACCCGCGGAACGAGACGAGAUCGCCAUGUCAACGUCGCCCUACAUCCAAACUUUGCAAGUGAUUGGUCUUUGGUGGGCCGCAUGCGGCGGGCUCACUUCCAUGUCGUCGUUUUUCCUCCCAACGUUGGUGUACAGUUUAUCGCUUCGCGACUCGUUGAUCAGCGGCUUGAUAUCGAUGAUUAUUGGGUGUUUAGUGCCGGCCUAUUGCUCGAUGCUUGGACCCAAGAGCGGGUUGAGACAAAUGUGCCAGGCGCGUUUCUUAUUUGGCCAGUGGGGAGUUAAAGUGGUUAGUUUGAUUGUGCUUGUUGGAGGGAUCGGGUGGUCAGUGGUGAAUUGCGUGUUGGGCGGAGAAAUCUUGCGGGCCAUCAACGGCUCCAUCAGCUUGGCGGUGGGGAUAGUGGUCAUUGCCGUCAUCAGUUUGGUGGUUGCUGUUUUCGGUAUCCGCGUCUUGCUCAAGUUCCAAACGAUCCUUUCGGUGCCCAUCUUAGUGGCCACCAUUCUAUUCUAUGUUGUUGUAUGCAAGAAAACUGGCCAUCUCGGUGACGCGAACCAGAUGAUCAAGGAUAUGGACAUUGCAUAUCUGGAUAGGGCUGGCAACUGGAUCUCGUUCUUCACGGUUGGCUAUUCGGUUACUGCAACGUGGGGCAGCGGCGCCUCGGACUACUACAUCUUGUUUCCAGAAAACACUUCCUCGACGAAGGUCUUUUUCAUAACGUUUCUCGGUAUCGCCAUACCAACGACCUUUGUUGCAGUUGCAGGAACCAUUUGCGGCACCAUCGCCCUCUCAUACAAGCCCUGGAACGACGCGUACAACAAUCUCGGAACGGGUGGGCUUAUCAUGGAGACUUUUUCCUCAUGGGGCACGUUUGGCAAGUUUGUGACUGUGUUGUUGUUCCUUUCCUUGAUUUGCAAUAACAUCAUGAACACUUACUCGAUGGCUUUUGAGUUUCAGCUCAUUGACCAGCACCUCGUCUUUGUGCCGAGGUGGAUCUGGGCGUUGGUGGUGACGGCAAUCUACAUUAUUCUUUCGCUUCUUGGCCGCGAACAUUUCCUGACCAUCUUAGGUAACUUUUUGCCCAUGUUGGGCUACUGGAUCUCGAUGUAUAUUGCCUUGUUGCUUGAAGAGAACUUGAUUUUCAGGUCAUCGGUAAAAGUGAAACGGUUGCACGAGAAGGAGUUUGACUGUGAUGAUAAUACAACUACUCCUUUUUACACCAUGUACAAUUGGAACAACUGGAAUCGUCCUAGAGGUAGGACCUUGGGCCUCGCGGCGUGCUUGGCGUUCUGUUGCGGUGUUGCUGGUGCGGUGGUAGGGAUGAACCAGGUGUAUUAUAGGGGUCCCUUGGCUGACAAGAUUGGCCAAUAUGGCGGUGAUAUUGGUAUGUUUUUAGCGUUUGGCUUCGCUGGCAUUGCCUAUCCUCCACUUCGAUAUUGGGAAUUAAAAAGAUUCCGUAGAUAG